UUGCACUAGUUGUGUGUACGCCGCUACUAGUUCCCUACUUCUUUUACCAAGGAGUUAAUAGUACAUGAUCUUCUUGGUUGUACGGCUAAAGAUACCAAGAUGGCUGAGAUUUUGGGGACGGUAACCGACUUCUUUUACAACAUGUUACCAAGCGACGAAGAGGCUUUCUUGGACAAGCUUGCGUACGUUAUGUUAGGGUUAUCCGUACCCGUGUUCUUUAUCACCGUUUUCUUCAAGGUGGCCGAGUAUGGCCGCUACACCGUGAAGUCGUCCUGGGCGCUGCCUGCGCGAACGGCGUGGCUGUUCCAGGAGCUGCCCUCGUUUGCUGUUCCCGUGCUGCUCGUGCUGUUCGGCCGUGCUGUGAGAAUGACGCAGCUGCCAAACCAGGUCCUGCUGGCCAUGUUUGUGGCACACUACUUCCAGAGGACCUUCAUCUUUUCGCUUCUGAUACGCGGCGGGAAGCAGACGCCGUUCCAUAUCUUCCGUGACGCGUUCGUGUUCUGUACGUAUAACGGAUACCUGCAGGGCAGAUACCUGGCCGAGUUUGCGCACUACCCCGAUACUUGGCUGUCCGAACCGCGCUGCAUCGUGGGCGUCGCCAUGUUCCUAGUGGGGAUGGCCAUCAACCUUCACGCCGACCACGUGUUGAGGAACCUCCGGAAGCCUGGAGAGACAGGCUACAAGAUCCCACAAGGCGGGAUGUUCAACUACGUGUCCGGUGCCAACUUCUUCGGGGAGAUUGUUGAGUGGGCCGGUUUCGCCGUCGCAUGUUGGUCCCUACCGGCGGCUGCCUUUGCCGUCUUCACCGCUUCAAACAUCGGCCCUAGAGCGUAUCGCCAUCACAAGUGGUACCUGCAGAAAUUUGACAACUACCCGAGAAACAGGAGGGCCGUCAUCCCCUUCCUCAUCUGAGGCUGUCAUCGGGCAUAAUGCUAGUUCACCUUUAUCUGUGGGGUAACCUAUAUCCGUGGGGUAACCUUUAUCCAUUGUUUUCAAACAAAAGUGGGUAUCAAGUACAUAGGAAUGUCAACUCAACUUGAUAUCCUUAAAUACUGUUAUUAAAAACAACGGAUAAAGGUUACACCACAGAUAAAGGUGAUAUUAGCAUUUUACAUUUUGGAAUGCUAAAGAGCUCCAAUAUAAGGAACUUCAUUGCAUGACAAUUGCACAUGGUACUAUGUUUUGGCAACAACUAUAAGUAUAAGCAACAAAACUGUAUCACAAAGUACGAAAUAAAGGUAUAGAAUAAAGCUUAACAUCCUAAUUAAUAUAACAAUAAUGAAUAACAUAAUUCUUUGAAAUAGUGAUACAAUAGAGUGGGCUACAAAAUGCAAGAGAUUCUUCUUCACUUAAACUAAAUGUUUGCUUCACAACAUGUUUUUGGCAGCUGACAGAGUGUCUUUGCUACAGCUUGCUUUUAUAGCCAAGCACACAAGGUAAACUCCUACGUACACUUCUGAAUAAGUGUGUUGGGUUCUUUCACAUAUCUUAUGUUCCCCUUACAUGGGGUCACUACUCUCAUGUACUAGUAACUUCAUCACCAAAAACGACAAAUAACCUAAUACCAUAUACAUUUCUAUGUACAUGUACAUCACACUUUGUUGGUAUUGUUGAGUGCUUUGCAUCCAAUUGCAAAAACUGUUAGAUUAGUCCUAAUAUCUCCAUGUUUCUACAACUUAAAACCAGUAGUCUGUGUAAGCACUAGUUCACCUUUAUCUGUGGGGUAACCUAUGUCUGUUGUUUUUUAAAACGGUGUUUAGGGACAAUUUUUGCAAUAUAUUCAGAAUAUUGUAGUUUGAAAUCACUAUCCAUCGACUUGAUAUCCUAAAGUAGAACCCUGUUUUUUAAAACAACAGAAUGAUACAGGUUACCCUGCAGAAAAAGGUAAACUUUGUCUAGUACUAUACAAAAUACAUUGUCCGUCCUUAUGAGGCACAGUGCCUGAGAAUAAACAAUAAACACACAAACAAAUGUAUGACACCUAUGAAAAAAGGGCUGACGAACAAUUUUGUGUUGAUGACUUAAGCUAAGGGCACAACCCGCCGUACGUGCAAAAUACGUGCUGUCUACGUGCCAAAACGUGGGUAACCUUUUGGGAUCCGUAAGUUGUAAGUACCGCCUCCGUUCAAAUUCGUAGGGAAUCUGACGGAUUUUGGAGCAUGCAGAGUUUUGCAGACACACGGUAGAACGUUACAUGAAGGCAAAACUUUCGCCCCCAGUACGUGCCAGUACGGGCGACGCGCCUGCCCUGUACAGC